AUGACCUUGGGUCUGCUUGGCAUGCGUAAGUCCAAGAGUUCGGUUUAUCACCCGGCUGGUAAUGGCCUUGUGGAACGCUUUAAUCAGACAUUUCUGAAGAUGCUACGGACACAUGUUGAUUCUGUCUAUGAUUGGCAACGACAUCUUGGCUCUAUGGUUUGGUACUACAAUACAAGUAUUCACUCUGCGACUAAAGCAUCACCGUUCUACUUGAUGUAUGGACGCUCCCCACCAGACCUAUGGUUCCCUGAUUUAGAAAGCACUGAGACGAGGUUCUUCGACCCCGACUCGUACGCCCGCUAUCUAAGUGCCACUCGUGCUAAGAUCCUCGACAAUGUGGAUGAAUGUGUCACUCAUGCUGCAUCUGUGUACAAGGCUACCUUCGAUUCUAAGUCUAAGCUGCGGUUAUUUAAACCAGGACUAAGGGUCCGCUUAGAGACCUUAGGCCCUGCUCGGUCUAACAAACUAGAUCCUCGAUGGGAGGGAAACUGGUACGUCUCUAAUGCUCUCCCUGGUUUACAUAACAAGACCUUAGAAAUUGUCCAUCCUGCUACGCAGCGACGUAAGAUUAUUAGUGUCGACCAUUUGUUGAUCGACCCGAUACAACCUGAUCACCUAUCUGCCGAUGUCGCAAAACUCGUCUAUGGUGAUGAAGGUGCUAUUCUUGAAGAAGCUAUUAUCCCCGAUGUCAACCCCGAUGUCCUUGAAGAUCCCGAUCUGCCUAUUGUUGCUACUAUGGAGUAUCCUAUCACUGCGGAACUGGUAACACAAGCUGUGGAUGCAGCAUCUGCUGACCCCCAGGUUGCUGUUGGUUCUGGGACUUCGUCCAUUCUCCGGUCAGAGAGUGUUUCUAAUCCCUCAACACCACAGAGGCUUGCACCUACCCCCGAAGCUGUUCAUGAGGCUACCCCUAUUUCGCCGAUCUUGUCUCCCGGCCUUUCUGAUUCAAGAGGGGAGGAGAUUGAAGAUGAAGUUAGUGCUGACGCAACAAUAGAUGACGUCAACGUUUUUAACGACAUGGAUAAUGCUACUUCCCCACUUGACGAAGAUUCUUCUGCCGACGACGAUAAUGAUGCUCGUCCUCUCGGAGAUGAAAAUUGUCAAGAUGAUUCCGAUGAUCUUAUCACUGAUACUGAUAAUGGAUCUCCGAAUGAUGAUAACGAUGUUACGUCUGCUAAUCUGCAACCUGAGUUCGAGUCUGCCCAGGAGGAAGAAGAUGAUGUUCCGGUGGAACCUAUUGUCAAUGACCUGCCUCCACAGUGGACCUUGGCUCGAGAUCGUGUUCGGCGGCAGCCCCGACUUCCGGCGAGGUUUGCCCCUGGUUAA